GCACAGGAAGUAUGUUAUAUCGUCGAUAUCGAUAUUCAGUAUCGUGCGCCUGUUUAGAAUAGACGAUUCUGCCAGAGUUAAAUAAAGACAAACUCGGGGAUAGUGGAGAUAACAUGAAAGGAACAGAAAAUACUUUAAGCUUAAGCACCACGGGCUUUACACAAACAUCAACGCCGGCAAUUCCCUCUUCAAUACCUUCUGCUACGAAAACGUCAGGCCCACAGAAACCAAACUACAUUUUGAAGUUUACUUUGGCGGGACACACAAAAGCUGUCUCCUCCGUAAAAUUCAGUCCCAAUGGUGAAUGGCUAGCUAGUUCGUCCGCUGAUAAACUAAUAAAAAUAUGGGGUGCCCACGAUGGAAAAUUUGAGAAAACUCUAUCGGGACAUCGCUUAGGAAUAUCUGAUAUUGCCUGGUCAUCGGAUAGUAAAUUGUUGGUUAGCGCAUCCGACGAUAAAACUUUGAAAAUAUGGGAUCAUGCCUCAAAUAAAUGUAUAAAAACACUGAAAGGACAUAGUAACUACGUAUUUUGCUGUAAUUUUAAUCCACAAUCUAAUUUAAUUGUAUCUGGAUCUUUUGAUGAAAGUGUUCGCAUUUGGGAAGUCAAAUCUGGGAAAUGCUUGAAACAAUUGCCAGCUCAUUCGGAUCCCGUUACAGCCGUUCAUUUUAAUAGAGAUGGUUCUUUGAUUGUCUCAAGUUCCUAUGAUGGUUUAUGCCGAAUAUGGGAUACGGCCAGUGGACAAUGCCUGAAAACUCUAAUAGACGACGAUAAUCCCCCAGUCUCUUUUGUCAAAUUUUCCCCCAAUGGAAAAUAUAUUUUAGCAGCUACUUUAGAUAAUACUCUAAAAUUAUGGGAUUAUUCAAAAGGAAAAUGCCUUAAAACAUAUUCAGGGCAUAAAAACGAAAAAUAUUGCAUUUUUGCCAACUUCUCAGUAACCGGUGGAAAAUGGAUUGUUUCCGGAUCUGAAGAUAAUCAAGUCUAUAUUUGGAAUUUGCAAACUAAAGAAGUUGUACAAAAAUUACAAGGACAUUCUGACACGGUGCUCUGUACCGCUUGUCAUCCAAGCGAAAAUAUUAUAGCGUCCGCAGCCCUUGAGCAAGAUAAAACCAUCAAAUUGUGGAGAAGUGAUAUUUGAACAUUCAAUAAAGUUUUGUAUAGUUUGCACAAGUGUAUUCAUUGUAUGUAUAUCAAAAUUAUCGGUUUAAGGAAAUGUUUAUUUUUCAUUUGUAAAAGAAACAAAGUUUGGUAAAUUUGUUAAUUAAACAGCUCGCUAACUUUUUGGCUGGCACUAUCAUUAUCCAAGUAUUGCUGCAAUUAAAUUCAAGCCAUUUAAUAAGUUAGAGAUUGAUGAUAUAUUUACCUGUUUGGAGGUCCCUACAGUUGACAGAUCUUCAAUAGUUUUUACAGUAUGCUUGACCAUAUCUGAUAGACCUAUUACUUCAGGUAGUACAUAAUUCUUCCCCUACAACACACCUAAUAAAGAUAGUUCGAAUGAAUGUGAAUUACUUACUUUGACUACUUUUUUGCGACGCUUUUCAAUAUCUCGAACCAAACUAGCAGAUUUGACUGUAAAUAGAUCUCCAUCAACAUUCUGUAAAUCAUCAUUUUCGGGCACAUAUUUACA